CGCGGGGUGAGGAGGAUCAUGUGUAGUCCACGCGCCGAAUCUAGGUUACAGUGAGCCGCAGAGCAGGAGAGAGGGAGACGAGAGGGAGGCGAGAGGGAAGAAGGCUGACUUAUCACAGCAGCACCCGACACACACACACACACACAGACAGACAGACAGACAGACAGACAGCAAACAACCGACAACACACUCGCUUUUUGAUUCUUUUAAGGUCAGUGCUUGUGAAGAAGCGGUAGAAGGAAGAAAGAAGAAGAAGAACAACAACAUUUGAGGAUUUGCUGUUGUGACAGUUUUCAGCUGCUCCGGUGUUGGAGCGACUAGGCGCGCGCGCGCGUCGUCCUCCCCCCGCGUGUCCCCGCUCCGUUUCCACCCGGAGUUGUAUGACUCGAAGAGUCGACCAGGACCCCACCGCCGACAUGAGAGCUCAAAUAGAGGUGAUUCCCUGUAAAAUCUGUGGGGACAAAUCAUCAGGGAUUCACUAUGGUGUCAUCACCUGUGAAGGCUGCAAGGGCUUCUUCCGACGCAGCCAGCAGAACAAUGCUAUGUACUCGUGCUCACGACAGAGAAACUGUCUAAUUGACCGGACCAACCGUAACCGCUGCCAGCACUGCAGGUUGCAGAAGUGUCUCGCUCUUGGCAUGAGCCGUGAUGCCGUGAAGUUCGGCCGAAUGUCCAAAAAACAGCGCGACAGCCUGUAUGCAGAGGUCCAGAAGCACCAGCAGUCCCAGGAGCGUGCAAGCAUCGGUGCCCGUGAUGAGAAUGGCGACAUGGCCGAACUCAGCUGCCCCUACAGAAGAAGCUCCAGCACUACGCUCAGUGAUCUGGAUGACAUUACCCAGAUGCCAGAAGGCCUACUAUUCGACCUGCCGCUGACCCCCGAGGAUGCAGGUGGAGACUACUGUAACCUGGACAUGCUGGGUGGCAGUGGAGGCAGCAGCUCGUCCUCUCAGAGUUCACCGGAACAGACCAACUUGGACUUUGUAGACAACAGCCACAGCAUCAAGCACGAGUACCAGCUGUUGCAAGACUCUGGACUCUUCUCACAUGCCAUCCUCAACCCACUGCCCGGGGGCUGCUCGCUGCUUGAGAUCGAGCGUAUAACUCAGAGUGUGGUCAAGUCACAUCUUGAGACGAGCCAGUACAGCACAGACGAGCUGAAGAGAAUGGCGUGGACCUUGUAUAGCCAAGAAGAGACACGGUCAUGCCAGACCAAGUCAGCUGAGGUGAUGUGGCAACAAUGUGCCAUUCACAUCACCAAUGCAAUCCAGUAUGUGGUAGAGUUUGCCAAGCGCAUCACUGGCUUCAUGGACCUGUGUCAGAACGAUCAGAUUAUCCUCCUCAAAUCAGGCUGCAUGGAUGUUCUUCUGAUCCGUAUGUGUCGGGCCUACAACCCCAUCAACAAUACAUUGCUCUUCGAUGGAAAGUUUGCCACUGCUCACCUUUUCAAAGCUCUCGGCUGUGACGACCUUGUGGGCUCAGUGUUUGACUUCGCUAAAAGCCUGAGUCGUAUACAGAUGUCCGAGGAAGACAUGGCUCUUUUCAGUGCUGCUGUGCUGCUCUCACCAGACCGACCCUGGCUCACAGAUGUCCAAAAGAUUCAGAAGUUGCAGGACAGAGUCUACGUGGCUCUGCAGUGCUGUCUACAAAAAGAGGGAGCAUCAGAGGAGAAACUAGCUAAGAUGGUUUCCAAGCUUCCCAUAAUGAAGUCCAUUUGCAACCUUCACAUCGACAAACUGGAGUUUUUCCGUCUGGUGCACCCUGAGACAGCAUACACGUUUCCUCCUCUGUACAGGGAGGUGUUUGGCAGUGAAAUCACCUUCCCAGACUCUACAGAGGGCUAACGCAGCUUGUAGCUACACAGCUUGAUUCAAAUAUAAACACUGAGGUUUAGGGAGGGAGAGAUAGAAAAAAAUGUGGCAACCAGCUGAGGCAAAAAACAAAAACAACCAGCAGCUCAAUGACAAUCCUGCACGCUACACUUGAGGACACACUCUUCUCACCUCUUAACUCCCGACCUUGUGGAGUAGCUUACGCUGCCCCGCGAGCCAGUCCUCUCAGUUUCCAUGUAACACUACCGGAACUGCUGCUGGGAACUGGGAAGUGCAUGUUACCUCUUUUUAUAGGGAGCUAAAGAAAUGAUUAAAUAGUAGCCUAUAAUUCGUUUUUUCAAAAAUAUUUUUCACAGUUCCUUUAAGCUAUUGUUGAAUGUACCCCCUUUCCCCUUUACCGCUCAGCACAGCCCUUGGCUUGAUAUAGAAUGUACAUACUUAAAAUCCUCAGCCACUUUGUGGAGGUUUGCAGUAACAAUGCUUGUUCGUCAGUCUAGUAACAGUUUAUUGUUUCAUUCAAUAUUUUUCGGUAGUGCCCAUAUUUUGCAGUUUUGUAACAUAUGAACAAACUGUUUAAAGGGACCAUGAUCAAACACACAAGCAGACACAGUUUUAAACGGUGUGAAUCAUGGGCAAACUUUCGGUGUCUGCUGCCAUGCACCUACCUGCUUGCACACAGAGUGGAAUACGGCACUUAUGCUGAUCUUUGUGGGUAUUUUUAUGAGUACACCCUCAGACACAGCUCUUUAUUUUUUUAAUGCAAUCAGUGACCUCAGUCCUAAUACCUUUUCCCUUUUACAAAUGCCACUUAGAGAGUGAGAGCGAGAGAAACACAGAGGUAUCGUGAAAGUAUUUUCAUAUGUUCCCUUUUUAAAAAUAUAUAUAUUAACACAUAUAUAAUAAUGUAAGAUAAGAGCAGUGGUGAUUUCACACAGAGGAGGGUAAUGUUUCGCUCGUGCUCAGGUCUCUCAAACAGAUACUGCCUGCCCAUACUUGGGAAUGGAAAGAUUGUUUUCACUGAGAAGAAAAUCUAGUAUUAUGGAUAAUUAUGAGCACUUAUGAGUCCACCGCAGAAUCCAAACUGAACUCUCAGAAUGCGAUUUUACGGGUUCGCACUCACAUCAGACUGCCAUCUGUGAAACAUAUGUUAAACCAGUCAGACAUGCUAAAUAACACCUGCUGACAAGCUGGAAAGACACUGUGCUGGGCAGCCAACCACUGUUGGGCUAUGUGCUCUCGUGGAGGAGUCUGGAAUUGUUGCCACUCGCCCCCGUCCGCAGAUGAGCGCCAUCGCCAAAACAUCCAACAUUGUCUCACCCCAGCAGGGUAAAAAUACUCUAAGAGUACUGAAAACCAGAUAGUUUGGUGUUGAAAUGUGAUGGUUGACUACAUUGCCACUGGCAUGGUUGAAUAAGGGGGAAGAGAAGAGAGUGGACCAGUGGGUUCUGGAGGGGAUUUACUGUCUGUCUCACAACUCUCACUGCUUUGGGGUUGGGCAGAUCUAUUCCUUCCCUACCCCCCGACUACUACUUCAAACACUACAUGGCACAGGAAAGGGUUGACAGAGCCAUCAGCUACCCCCCUGAGUUAGUAUUUCUGCGUUCGUGCUUGAGAGUGUCUUUAAAAAUAAAUUGUAAGGCCAGUGAUGACCGAACUAUCUUACAAUGUGUCAUUUUGCUCUUAAAACUGGGGAAGAAGACAAAAUCAAAUUCCGGGAUCUGCUUGCCCAGAAGUAACCCGCUCUGACUGGUUUUUCUGUCAUUUGAGAUAAGUUCAAGCCUUUAGAUUCAGGAAACCUGACAUUUUCAGAUCUUUCUUUGGUAAAGUCUCUGGAGACACAUGAGGGUGUGUACAGAUGACCCACUUAUACUCAAAGUAGGGGGACAUAUUGUGUUUCUGUAAAACCACAUUGUACUGCCAGUAUACUUGAGAAGCUAUGAGAAAUAGCUUUAAUCUGAGAAAACACUGCUGUUAAUUUUUUCUUAAGCAUUUUAAGACAAUCGCCAUGACAGAUGUUGGAUGUCUAGCUUUAUUUGAGCCAGGUCUGCUUUGCACUGCUGGGACAGUGCUUUUCACCAUACAUGAAGUUAUCUCACACAGUUAUGAAGGGGUAUUAACCUCUUCUUCUUUUUUUUCUUGGUACGCGAGACAGUGGCAUGGUGGGAUUGUGCAAUAAUGUCUUUCCCAUUGUGUGUCCCAAGUGUGUUGAGCCUUUGUUUCUAUGUAUUACAGUUAAUAUUUUCAUAAGCACUCCAGCACAGCCAACCUCGCAGCACAAGUAAACUAAUGUUUUCUUUUUAGAAUAUAAUACACAGCCGGCUACUACACAGGUGGGCUAUGAGCUGACAUAGAUGACACUUACAGUGUGACAAAGUGCAAUACUUUGUGUGUUGAGUCGGAGAAUGUUAGAUAUGCUGAUAACAAAAGACUGUUUACUUUUUUAGUGUUUGCAGGCCUAAAAUCUGUCCAGGCGGCAGUAAUGGAGAUCUGCACUUACGUUUCCGUUUAGAGUUACUCAGGGAGAUAGCUGGGCUCUCUGUCCUACAGUGUCUGCAGUUUGUCUAGCUAGCAAGACACCUCGCACCAACAUAGAAGACCGUAAAACCUUGAUCACUGUGUACAGUACAAUGUUCUUGUGAAUGUUUGAUUUCAGAAGUAUCAAAGAUUUUACCCCUGUCUAAUAUCAUUAUUGCAAGACUUUCAAGUUUGAGUAAUAGAUGAAAUAGGAUAUUAUGAAAAGUAAAUAUAGUAAAAAAAUAUAUAAAAGAUGGAUUAUAAUCUCUGAAUCUUGUGUUGGUUUUGUUGUGAUAUUUUCCUUUGUCUCUUAAUUUUAUCCUUUUUAUGUUCUGUUUGUUUUCUUUUCCUCAUCAUUUUAGUGUCCUUGUCUUGGAGAGAUGUAAUUCUAUUUUUUUUAAAGAGCGUUUUAAAGAUGUCUCUCUAAAUGUUUCUCUUUUGUCAUGAUCCUUUUGUUUAUGAUGUUUUCAGUCGUAAGAUUAUUAUUAUUAAAUCAUAUAGAUUUUAAUAAGAAAUAAUUUAUGAUAUGUUCUGGAUAUAAAGCCCAAGAGGUUGUAACACAGUUACGUGUUAUUGCACAAUGGUGACAGAAUAUGUGGAUCUAAGAAUGUAAUAAAAGUCUUUUUACAAUUAAAA